GACUGCCGGUAAGGCGCAUGCUAAGAGCAGGCCAACACCCCACUACAAUUUGUUUGGAGGCAGUUACUGUACUUCUGACGCGUGACAACAUUUAUUCGAUAUCUUUAGUCACUACUUACUCUGCAGGUUUCAUGCUGCAUCAGAGCCAAAGUAGCAUAUUUUAUAAUUAUUUUACAGUUGGUAGUAGAGGAACGAGCUGGCUAACGUUAAUGUUGUGGAAGAAGGUUUUUAACAGCGUAUUCCUGACUGAAAUGUGAAGUCUUAGAGACGAGGAGACACAACAAACCGCAAGGUCAGGCUGGUGAAUUGGAGGAGCUGGGAGAUGGAUGAAUACAGAAAACUAUGGCAGCCAUCAGGAAGAAGUUGGUGAUAGUUGGAGAUGGUGCAUGUGGAAAGACCUGCCUGCUCAUUGUCUUCAGUAAGGACCAGUUCCCAGAGGUCUACGUCCCCACUGUGUUUGAGAACUACAUCGCUGAUAUUGAAGUAGAUGGCAAACAGGUGGAGUUAGCGUUGUGGGAUACAGCUGGUCAGGAGGACUAUGACAGACUGAGGCCUCUCUCCUACCCUGACACAGACGUCAUCCUCAUGUGCUUCUCCAUAGACAGCCCCGACAGUUUAGAGAACAUUCCUGAGAAAUGGACGCCUGAAGUGAAACAUUUUUGUCCCAACGUCCCGAUCAUUCUGGUGGGUAACAAGAAGGACCUGAGGAAUGAUGAACACACACGCAGGGAGCUGGCCAAAAUGAAACAGGAGCCAGUUAAAUCUGAGGAGGGCAGAGACAUGGCCAACCGCAUCAGUGCCUUUGGCUACCUGGAGUGCUCCGCCAAGACCAAGGACGGCGUGAGGGAGGUGUUCGAGAUGGCCACCAGAGCAGCGCUGCAGGUCCGCAAGCGCAAGAAGAGGGGCGGCUGCCAACUACUGUGAAAGGAGUUUGUUGGCCAAUCAGCACCAGAGGGAGGACUCCCCCCUUUCUACACUUAGUGAAACCUUAAAUCAAUGGCUUCCGUGGACUAUACUUACUUCACAGAUGCAGAUACGCCACAGAAGAAUAUGAAAGACUGACACACCUGUUUAAAAGCAAAACAAAUCAGCCUUUUUUUAAAAAAAGAAAAAAACCUCUGCUACUUACACACUGUCAGUUUUGUUUCUGUUUUGCAGUUUUUUUUUUCUCUGCCAGCUUGUUUGUGUGAAGGACCUGCCCCUCUUCCUCCUAUAUGAAUGUAUGUUUGUAUUUAUACGUGCAUAUACUUUACAAAUAUAUCAUGGAUCUGCCUCUGUGUUAUGAUUGUUUACAGAGAAGGGUCUUAUAGUUCACAUGCCCACUGACUGUGCCGCUCUCACGGCUGCGGGUUGCUGACAGUUUUGCUUUAGUAUGAAACCCCUUCUUCUCUUGCAUAAACCCCUCCUUCAGACACAAUCCAUCUAUUUCUCACACCACUAUUAAUUUUACACCCUUGCCGUCCUAUUUCACCAACUGCUGAUUCAGAAGUGAUCUGUGUCUCCCCCCACCGCCCAGCUUUCUCUUCUGACACGGAGGACUAAAUUUAGAGAGUCUUGUCACUGCAUUAAUCCACUGAAACCUACAUAUACUGAAGCAGUAGCAACUGUGUGCUGAGAGGUUUUGGGCUGCACCUCACUCCAUCUCUCUUCUGUGGUGAUAGCUUAAACUGGCACUGGAGACAGUGGUCUAUUGUCAGACACAAUGCCCUCAGUCACGCUCACACUGGUCUGACAGACUUGCCUCUACCAAGACGUCACCAACUCCUCCCUCCCCCAAACAAACCUCCUGUCUGACCUCUGUACUGUCGAUUCAGAUCCAGUAUACAGUCUUUACGUCUCACUGGUUUUUCUGAAGUGCACACUGUAAUAUACAGGUUGGAUAAUGAUGCACACUUUAUACAGCCAUCUUGAUAUUCAGACAGGUCUACAAAGAUCCAUUCUGUGUAUGAGAUUUAUUAAAUAAAAUCUUCAACUGACAACUUUA